AUGAAGACGACGCAUAUCCUUAGUCUAGCAUUGUUCUCUGCACUGGGCAAAGCUUCUUACCCAGCAAGCGAACCAAAGGGCCAUCACUUUGUGGCACCCAAGGCCGACGAUAGCCGCUCACCCUGUCCCGGGCUCAACGCACUCGCAAACCAUGGCUUCCUUCCGCGAUCCGGCAAAAACAUUGAUCUGAUCAUGGUCCAGACGGCCGCGGCUGAGGCGCACAAUUUCCGAACCGACGUCUUGACCACGGCCUUUCAGCAAGCCGUCGACUUUAAGCUCUCGACGACGGGCAACUACUCGACCAUCAACCUCGAGGACCUCAAGAAGCACGACACCAUCGAGAUUGACGGGUCCCUGUCGCGCAACGACUUCUACUUUGGCGACGACUUGCACUUUGACCCCCUCAUCUGGGCCACCGUGGCCAAGAGCCUCAGCCUCUACAACCUCUCGGGCGAGGGCGGCCUGUAUAUCACCGUGGAAAUGGCCGCCCGCGCCCGCGCCGCCCGUGUCGCUGAUGCCAUCAAGGCCAACCCGACGUUUAAUGCUUCGGAAAAUGAGCAACAGGGAUCCCCGGGCACCACUGCUCUCUGGUUGACCACGCUGUGGGAUCAUUCUUUAAAUAAGACGCACAAGGACUGGACAAGCUCGUGGUUUGAAUUUGAACGCAUUCCAUACCUGCUGGGAUACAAGAAGCCUUCUGUUCAGACGACCCCAAUGUUCCUUGGAGCCAUGGUCCAGGCAAUCAAAAGUGUCCCUGUUUAG